AUGGUCAGAGACGUAAUCUGUGGGAACUCAAAAUCCAGUGCAGGACGCAAGGUAUCUCAAUUAUAUAAUAAGCUCGCACAGCAAGCAGAAACAAACGAAACAACGAGGACUCUCUACUCGUUACAGCUGGAAUCGGAAAUCCGGGUGCGCCUCACCCAGGUCCUGCAGCUUUUCCAGGUCUUUCCGGCCGUAAUUCCUGGCCCCCGUGCUCUGCACCCGGUCCCGUCGCCGGUUCUCCGCCUGCAAGGAGAAAUAGUAGAUCGACACGGCGAUGCCCGACACGAUGCCAAACGCCAGGCCCACGCCAAACCCGACAGGGUACCGUGGACUCUGGCUCGUGAUGAACACGUUGCCCGACACCAAGGCACCACAGUUGCCGAACCCGGUCAGCAGGCCCAUCGCCACCGUCCGCUUGACGCCCUUUCCCAUGUUGACGCACAACCACACCACGAUCGUCGACAUGUUGAUGAAGGCGCCGGACGCGACGAAGAACAUGCCCAUGUACAGCACGCCGGCGUGGGGUACCUGCGCCAGCUCGAUCGCCCACCCGAUCACGAUCAGGAUGGACCCCAGCACGGUGAAGGCAUACCGAUGGCUCAGAUGGUCGCUCAGCCAGGCGCUGACCAGCGUCAGCACAAACGCCGUCGCGUAGAUGGGAAUCGUAUGCCAUUGCGCCGACGCCGCCGUCCAUCCCAGGUUGCUCAGGAUGGUCGGCUGGAAGGCUACCAGCGAGCUGGCCGUUUCUUCGGCGGCCAUAUCCAGAAGAAAAGGGAAAGACUACCAGAUCCAGAUCUUCCAGUCCGCAAUCAUCGGCAGAACUCGACCCAAGGUGAUUCGGUCGUGACGCACGCUGCCGCCAUCCUCUUCAAGACGGGCCAGCAGCAGGGCCUUCUCCUCCGCAGUCAGGAACUUCGCGUCCUCCGGAAAUGGGACGAUGAUGAAGAAGCCAAUCGUGCUGACGACCAAGGUGAUGAUGGCUUCCAUUAUGAAGAUCCUACGCAAUUAGCCUGA